AUGGGAAGCGAAGCGAAAGCGGAGUGGGGCGCUUGUCAUGCGGAAUGGGGCCGCCGAGUGGGCUCGGGCGUCUCCGGCGACGACGCAAUCUCUCGCUCGGCGGUCCGCUCUUUGUGUGCGAGGCUGUGGGGCUGGCGGCUGAGACGGACUCGCUGCAGGGGCGAAGCCGCCACGGACUGGAGGGGCUGUGCGAGCGUGACUCAUCCGGGGGGAGAUUGUGAAAUCGAUUUGGGGAUCGAGGCCGUCGGCUUCGGCGACCAGGGCCCCUAUUCUUCGGCUAGUACUACCCUAGCCUGCCUAUCCAUGGGGUUUCACCUAUUGCUGGUGCUACUUUGGACCCGGCAUUAG